AUGAGUGCAACAGCUGAUAAAAAGUUUGAGGAUAUUCCUAAAAAGUACAUUAACCCUCUAGCUGAGAAGGACAACACAGAAGGUCCUCGGGUGAAUGGAAAGAACUUUAAGAUCAAGAAAGAUGCGUUUAGAGUGCGUUCCCUUGGAGUGAAAAAGCUCAACACGUGGCAACUCAGAGAGAAGAAGAAGCUUGAAGAGGAGCAAUACAAAGCUCGUAUAAAGGGACUCAAGCAGGAGAAGGAGGACGAGAAGAACGAGAAGGUUGCUGAAAUCAAGAGAAGAAGAGAGCUCAGAGAAGAGAAGGAGAGGUACGAGAAGAUGGCCGAAAAGAUGCACGCCAAGAAGGUGGAGAGAAUGAGAAAGAAGGAGAAGAGAAACAAGGCCUUGAGAGAGCGUUAG